ACUCGCGCGACACCGCCGCUCCGUGUGCUUGUCUCUAUGCCUCACUCCGCGACCGCGACCCACCCGUGAUACACGUACGCGCCGACCUCGUUCCCGUACCCUCGCACGAUCUCGUGUAUUAAUCUUUCCGAACGUACCGUGCAGUGACCUAACUUUCAGUGACAGUGGUGAGCUUUCGAGGAACCUAAUUUUUUUUUUGGAAAAAUAGUGUGAACUCAGAACGAAAGAUACGAUGCUAAAAUUGCGGUCCGGCGGGAAGGCGAAUCUUUGAGCGACGAAAGGGUUGGAGCGCGGGGUGUUCAGCGGGCGGAGGGCGGCGCGAGGACGCGCACGCGCCCGCCGGCACACACCGCCGACAGUUCGGCACACGCGUUGACAACGGCGCGAGCGAUGGACGACAAGCCGACGCCAGUUGUGGGCGAGGAGCACUACAGCCUGCGCUGGAACAAUCACCAGGCGCACCUGCUGCGCUCCUUCGAAGCUCUGCUGCACGCCGAGACGCUGGUCGACGUCACUCUAGUUUGUGCGGAACGUCGCGUUCGCGCCCACAAAGUACUUUUGGGUGCAUGCAGCCCGCUUUUCCGUCGAAUAUUCAGCGAGAAUCCGUGCAAGCACCCCGUGAUCGUGUUGAAGGAUUUUCAAGGAUGGGAAGUGCAGGCGGUGGUAGACUUCAUGUACCGUGGAGAAGUGUCGGUCGCACAGGAACAACUUGGCACCGUGAUCCGAGCGGGAGAAUCGUUGCAAGUACGCGGCCUAGCAGAUCAGGACCGCGAAGAACAGGCGCGUUCGCCUCCAGCGACGCCGCUGGCACGUAGCCCCGUCAGAGCUACACCGCCGGCACCAUCGCCGCCAGUCAGCCCGACCAGCCCCCAGCCACGCAGAAAGCAAGCGCGACCACGUCGCCGCUCCGGAGAGUCUGAUACACCAGAAAACCUAUCAAUGCGAAGAUCACCAAGUGGCGGUUUGAAAGCAGUUCGACUAUCCCGGCCACGAUCACCACCUAAACAGGAACAAGUUGAAGAACAGGAAACAGAGGCGCCACCUCCGCCUCGGAUGUUCCCAACACACCAAGACAUGUUCCCGCCAGUACCACCAGCAGUUUCCGCUCUUUCGUUGACUCCACCCCACAAUGUCUUUUGUCCUUUAGUGUUCGGCAUCGACUCGCCCCUGGGCCUCUUCCCCCCCGGGAUGGAACACAAGAUGUACCCGCUGAUGGAUGUGGAACACCGGGCGCCGCCGCUCGACUCACAACUAUUCACUAACGUUAAAAAGAAAUGGAGACCAAAAGGACAGCAUAGCGCGCCGCGCGGUGGCCCACCUCGAUCCUGGACAAACGCAGAGCUCACGGAGGCCCUGCAGCAUGUGUGGAACAAGAAAAUGACGACGAGCCAAGCUUCGAGAAUAUUCGGUAUCCCGUACAACUCUCUGCUCAUGUACGUGCGAGGCAAGUACGGGAAGAGCCUCAAACUGGAGCAGCUGCGGAAAGAUUGCAUUGGAGCGCCCCUAGACGUGCUCAACCUCAACUCCGGAAACAACAACAACAACCACCCUUCAAGUAAGCAUCACGAUAAAGACGACCACCAGAACGUGGGCCAAAGGCCGUCCAGCUCCGAGCCGGACAUAUCGUCCAACCCGAUGUUCAACCCCUUCUCCCAAGGAUUCUACCCGGAGUUCCCGCCGGGCUUCCCGAUGCCACUGAACAUGCUUCACUUGCUUCCGCCCAACGAGAAGGCAAGGGAGUUGUAUCAGUCGAUGCCGAUGGCUCUGGACUCGCUGUCCGGCACCAAGGAGGAGGACUGCAAGAGCGACCGGUCGAAGGAGAACUCUGCGGACGAGGAGGGCGACACUUACCGCGCGCCGCACCCCCCGCACCCGCCCCCUGACACUCGCACCCUCCUGCAUCACAACGGUCAGGACUAACUCCCGUCGCUCGCGGCGAACGCGGCUGACGAACGAAUCCACAUCUCACCCGCGUAUCUUUAUCGAAAUGUUUUCAAAAAAAAGGGACUAAAACUGGAAUUUAGUUAGUGUAUUUUAAAAGAUCUCAUGUAAAUGUCGUAAUUAUAAUGUUAUAGUUUUUUUAUAAAUUCGUAGGGGAUAAAUUAAUCGUUUAGUAUAUAGACACAACAACACUCGUAUUAACUUCACGUGUAAUAUCUACAUAGGUGUGCUUAGUGCAAGGUUUUUAACUUCUCGAUCGCGUAAAACUUAACUCAAAUUUGUAUGGAGUUGAAAAAGCUUCCCUUUGUUUGCCGCUAGGGGCGCUGUUCCAACCACAUACUAAUUUGAGUUAACUUUUACGUAAUCGAGAAGUUAAAAACUCGCACUGAGCACACAGUACGUUGCCGCGUUGCGCUCGAACGCGACAAGUGCGAUACUUCUAUGCCUGUCUGUUUAAAAUGCACCGAAUAGAUUUCAGUUUUACGGACGAUUACGUAUUUUCGAACCUUCUGGAUCCUCCGGGGCCCAACGGGGCUACGUCCAAACUUUAUUGAGUAUUAGUUAAAUUUAUUAAAUUUAAAAGAUGUGUUAAUAUUGUAAAUGUAUAUUGAGUAUCGCGUAAAAUAAUGAAUAAGCGAUAAUUUAUUCUGAAGGAGUGCAAUAAGUAUGAAAUGUGUUGUGAUUGUUACUUGUUACUUAGGACAUUCCCUAUUCUGUUGUACUGUUAACAUUCCAUUUCAACAUUCCUUGUAUUUAGAUUAAAUCGUUUUAUGUUGUGUAUCUUGACCAAAAUCAACAAGGCCGGCCAUCUUGUGAGCGAAUGGCGCGAAAACACACUGGCCAGUACAAAUUCUAUUUUUGAAUCACACGUCAUCUACUAUUUUAUUUUUCUUAUAUUGUGGUUGUGGUCUUAGAAAUAACCAACAUAAAUUUAUAUCCUGUGUAAUAUUACAUUAAUGUGGCUGUAGAUACGUGUUAAAUGUGCGGAAUAUCUGAAUUUCACCAAAGUUUGUAAAAUAUUUCGUAAUAAUAGUUAUUGUAUUCGAUAAUUUAUAAAAAAACAAAAAACGAUUUUUGAAUGUAAAUAUUUUAAAUGGUAAAUUGAUAAAGCAAAAAAAAAGUAUGAACCAUUAAUUCGAUACGGACAUUCAAGUGUCUAAAAUGGUAUAUAGUAGUGUAUUUGUAAUUGUUGUAGGAUUUAGUCGUGAAACGGUACGUAGGUAGAUCACCGGACCAAAGGUGGUCAAGAUUAUAAGAAAAUUCUUUUAUUCUACACUUAAGUAAAACUAAGCUAAAACUACGUACUUAAAGUUUUAGGGGAUGCAGACUACGAACUCGAUACGCACUCGUUUACAAAAAUACAUAUUAAAUUGAAAAUCAACAAUAGACUUAACAGCAAAUGCCAACACCGACUAAAGAAUUUGUUUAGAGAAACCGUAAAUGAAGACGUCCUCGUCCAAUUCGUAGAAAAGUAAAAAAAAAAAACAAGAUGACAACUUUCAUAUAUAUCGUACAAAUUGGCCAACAUUAAAAUAUCAAAACAAAGAAACAGUGCGCGCCAGGCGAAGACAAAUAAACGUAUAUCGGCACUUCAAUGUUCAAAUAAAAAAGAGCUUUCAAGAUUUUAGUGAAUAAUGAACGUUAGAUUAAAUAACAAGGUUCAACCCAGGCCUGGCUUUAGAUAAUUGUAUACUAUUACAUUUAGAAAUUAUAUAUUUACUAAAGGCAACAACUUUAAUAUGUCGUUUUUGACAUUCACUUCGACGGAUUGAUCGGACAAUGAUCUCAAACGUUAAAAAAAUUUAAUCGAAUGUUAAAGCGGCACUUCAUUUCAAGAGACUUAGGGUCGAUUCGACCAAACAAGAGUAAAUCUUAUUCUUAGAAUAACUCGUCAGUUAAUCGAGAGUAAAUCAAUUUUACGUUUUACCAACUACAAUUCUAAGAAUAGUGGGCCUAUUCGGGAAUUGUUACUAUACCGCCGUUUCGCACGGAAUAACGGAGCUAUUCCUAGAAUAAAGUAAUGGCGUCUGUCAGUCCAACAUCUGAUUUCUGUCAUUUCAUAAAUAUUUAUUCUGUUUUAAUUUCAAGUCAACGCAAUGCACUAAAUGAUUAUUAAUAGUCUGAAUGCAACGUUUAAACGAAAAAAGAUAAAACCACACGACAAAACUUGACAAUUCCCUCAAACAAACAAGAAAUAAAAAUAAUACGUUUGACAGCUGGAUAUCUUACACAACAGCUACUUUUUCACACUAAAAUACGGCAAAAUCGAGUUGACGAUUUGUAUGCUCUUACACUAUGCCGUUGAACAACAACAUUUAUUUGCCGGAUUUUAUUUUUGUUCACCAUUCACUCUGCUAUUCGCGUAUUGUUAUUCCUAGCCCAAGUAUACGUGGAAAAACGACUAUGAAUUUACUCGAGAUUAAAAUCAUGGAAUAGGUUAUUCCUCGUAUAGUUACUCGAGUUUAAAUUUAAGUUUGGUCGAAUCCGCCCUUAAGCGAAUAGUGAUAAUUCCGCAUUUGGUCAAACGUCUGAUGUGUAAACACCAUCCAAUAACCAUCCAUUGAAAGGAACCAAGAAAAAAAAUAUCAGUUCCAUUAUACCCGAUUAACGAGACAAACCAACCAGAAACUAUUUUUGCUAUUUGCGUGUUUAGAUACAAAUAGAAUUUAUGUCCCCUGAAUGAAGUGCCGCCAUUAAAUGCACAAUAUUAAUAUAUUGCCUUUAGUUCAAUUAGAAACCAAUUCUGUUCUAAUUUUUAAAAAUUAAAUAUGUACAAAAAAUCUGUUGAUAGUUCUCAUUUGAAAACGUAUUUUCCCUAUUAAAUUAAUUGUUACGCGUGUAAUAUCAAAUAAGUUUGUACCAACAUGGAUCUCCGCGAAUGAAUCAUUGAUUUAUUAAAUUAUCAAAAGUUAAAUGUCUCAGUCACCAACCUUAAGUUUUAAUAUGACUCAAAUAUUACCUAAUCAAUAACCAUCUUCAUUGAACCCACCUGAAUAAAGCUUUUUUUACUGGUGGUAGAACGUACUGUGUACCCGCACGGGUUGAUACCACGAUCUAGCUACUUCUGCUGCGAAGCAUUCUUGCGUUCUGAUUUGAAGAAUAGCACAGCUGUUUUACUUACUUAGAUCUCAUGUCUUAGAUAGCGAUCUUGACGCUUUGUACUAUCGCUACAACAUAUUGGGAAUAAAUGUAUUUAAAACUAGCUCCCGAUUCCCAGGUUGGGUGACCAUGUUUAACUUCAUCUACUAAAAUAUCCAUAAUUAUCUUGACAGAAGACUGAUCACUAUUUAUGAGUCUAUUUUAUACAAAAAAAAAACUUGUACACUACAUUUUAGAAUGACAGUAAUUGGCUUCAAUCGAUCAUACUACUUAUAGUCGCAUCACUAUUACAAUAUUAUCAUUACAGGGAUUUUAUAUGUAAAUUAACAAUGUAUUAUUGAAUAUUUAAUGACUUUUACGUUAUUUGUUUAUGAUAUUACGUUUACUUUCUUCUUGCACGUGAGCGAUGCUUUUUACAGUAAAUUUGAAAAUUGUAAUGGACGAAAUUAGCAUUAAAUUGUUACUUGUGCCAAAAUAAGGAAUGCGCACUAUUUAGAAAAUGGGAUCGUAAAACUGUUUCCCCGUUUAUGUAUUUGAUUUUUGUGAAUUCAUCUUGUUUUUAGUUUUUGAAUGAUUUUGUAUGUCCAUGAUUCGCGGGAUUAUUAUACUGAUUGAUUGGGCUAAUAAGUUAUCUUUUAAAAUUAUCGUUUCUUUGUAUUCGACUCGUUGUCGUGUUGUGUGUCGAUUAUUAAUAUAAUUUAAACCUAAUUCGUACAAAUAGAAGCAGUAUUAGAGUGAUUUUGUUAAAGUUUUAUCCAGAAGUUUUUAAUUAAGUUUUGUUACUUGUUGGUAAUUUUUAAAAACAAAUAACUUGUAUUUUAAUGUUUUAAGGAAGACUUGUACAUUAUGAGAAUUAUUUUACACAUUCCAACAAUAUAGUUCAGCGGCUAGUAACGAACGUCUCUAAAACAAAUUUAUGAUUUCAUUUUUAAUCUACAGAAAUUUAAACAGAAUUUAUCAGGAGCCAAAUGUAUGUACUUAUAAAAAUAGUAUUUAAUAAAUCGUAAGACAUUGAAUAAAGUAAUUAUUUUAGUUGAUAAAAAUGUGAUUAUAACGUUUUAAUAGUUUCAAAUAUUUAGUUCCUUCAUUUUUGUUGUGGAUAUUUAUAGUAAUUGUAAUAUGUAAUUAAUUUUAAAAUAGAUAAAUUGUUCAUUGCGGUAAAGAGUAUAAUUAAACGUAAGUUAUGUAAUUUAA